CACUUGCAGAUCCCCUCCAAGAGCCAGGGACCGUAGUACUUGGGCUGACUCUCCCUCUGCUCGCACCCCGGCAGGACCACGUUCACGUUGGCGUGGAACCGUGGCUCCAGGAAGAAUGGGACGGACAGCCUGCCAAAGAAAAGUCCUUCAGCCAACGUGGUGGUGGCGACACGUGACCUGCCUGUGACCGUGACCUGCCUGAGCUGACCAGUUGUGGUGUGUUACUGAAGGAUGAAAAUAAUAGUGACGGUGAUGAUGGUGAUGGUGGCGAUGACGGAAGCGAUGGCCACGUCAAAAGAGGGUAAAAGGCACUACGAUUUAUUGUUAAGGGAAGCACAAACUCCCAGCCACGGAUCCUGCUACCAGUCGGCGCUGAAGGACCUGCGUGAAGGCUGCUCCAAGUUGGACGAUAAGGUACAAAGUCGCCUCGCCCUUGCCUUCACCAACUGCUACCUGGUUCGUUUCGGAUGGCCCACCUACCCUUGUGCCCCCAAUGAGUCCCUGUCCACCUGCAUGGGCCACAUCGACACACGCGCAGCAUCCCUCUACUCCUCCUUGCUCACCUCCACUCUGGCCAUGUGUCACUACCUGGAGGCUCAAACCUGGCGCAAGUCCACUGCCCAGGCCGUCAACAGCCUGAAGGAGACAUCCCAUCAGGUCAGCUCCCAGUUGGAGCUCGCUCACGCCUCAGCCGCUUCCCUCAGAAUGCAGAUGGAGAAACAGCUAACGGAGUCCCGCGAUGCCCUGACCUCGGCCUUCAAAGACAUAAGGGAGUCGGCGGAGGAACAGCGCAGCCUGGUGGAGGGCGUGUUCCUGCGGGUGGGUCAGCUGCAUAGCCUCGUCAUGGGGGAGUUCUCAGGCAUCAACGCGGUUGCGUUCUACAUGGUGGGGGUUAUAAUGUCCCUUCUGGUGACCUGCGGGACUCGUACAGGAAGUGUCCGCUUGCCCCUCUUCCUCCUGCUCACCGCCACCUUUGCCGUCGAGAGAUUUAUCGCCUACCUCAUCUUGAACUUCUGGGACUCCUACUCGCCUCAGGAGGACAUCCAGUCGGCGGCACAUGUGGUGAGGUGCCUUGCGGCCACGUUCGGGACGCUGCUGGUGGUGUACUCCGCCCUCUGCUUCAGGGACCCAUGGGCGGCGGCGGUGGCGCAGCUGGAGGAGGUGAUGCAGGCGACGCAGGAGCUCAAGAAACUCUUCGGCUUCGGCGGGGGUGGGAAUCAGGCAUUUGAACUACUAGUCCCUGGAUCGCUCAUGGAAGUCUUCGAGUACAGCGACUCCUCCGACGACACCUACGGCCUCUACGACUCCGACGACGACAUCUACGACCCCAACGACGACUCUGACCUGGAAGAAUGCCUGGCUAUGCUCAACAACCACCCCCCGCCGAUGUGCAAGACGAGGAAAACCUACUCCCUUCGGCCCCGCAAACCCUCCUCCCCGAAUCCCAUCCUUGCUAUCGAGUCUCCCACCGCCUUCAGUGUCCUCGUGGAACGUAAGUGGAGUUUGAGGCGCCGGAUUGCGCGCUUCACCCGCUCUCCUGCCAAUUUCAAACUGCAGCAGGAGUCUGAUCAGGAGGAGGCCGGAGUGGUGCAGUAAUGCGAGGUGGGGUGGGAAGAAGUGUGUGCUGCUCUCUAUCGGUGUAAUGAGUAAGUGGAUGCUAUGUCCCUAUUCUAAUAGGAAGGUGUUUGAAAUUAAUCUGCAGCUUGUUUAUUUAUCAUUGGAAGUGAAUAGAUUGAGGUCAUAUUCCAGGCUCUUUGUUUUGGAGGGCGGGGGGAACAAAUCGUGUAUGCAGAGAUAUUGAUAUGACUGAUUUCGUUGUUUCUUUAGUUCUGUUGUUGAAUUCUCAUAACAUAGCUUAGUUUCUAUUUAUACCUCGCCAUUUCAAUGCUUUUUUUUAGUUUUUCUUUUGCGUGGUGUUUGUAAGGAGAAAAUACUUAUUUUUGUUUUAAAAAAACAAGCGUUUCUUUCACCAUAUUGUUUGCACUUGUUACGGAAGACUACUGGAAAGAUUUACAUUAUUUUUGUUUGCACCAUAUCCCCGCGUUUUAUAAAAUUUACCUGUUA